CCUGAAAAGAUUGGAAGAUUUGAAGCUUAUGUUGGAUAACAUGGAAGUGGCUAAGAUACAACAGUCAAACAUGGAGUCUAGCCUGCAGAAAAUCUCUGCAAUAAGAUAUUUGAGAAGUCACUCCUCUGUAAAAGAUACUGAUCUUGUUUCACGUGAAAGAGAAGAUACUGCAAACAAUGGAAAAAGACUUGAUUCUCCAUCUAUGCAAAAACCAGUUGUUGAUUCUGCUCGUUUCUCUUGGAUCAAACGUUGCACUGAACUGAUAUUCAAAAGUUCUCCUGAGAAGCCCUUGUUGAAGAGUGAAGAAAAGUCUCUGAUAUCCAAUAAUGAUGAUGCAAUUUUGGCUUCUGCUGGCAAAUUGUAUUCUUCCAGUGGAUAUCAUGGACAAAAGCUGAAAUCAAUCGAGAGUUCUGGCAACAGACAGCCAAUGAGAUAUGCUAUUGGCGAACCAGAGGUGACACCUGAACCCCCUGAAGAUGAAACUGCCAAGGGAAAACGUGAUAAAGAAUCUGAAAAAAAGAAAGAUGCUAAUGAAGAGAUUGCUCCCUCAUUUUCUGAACAAGCACGUCCUGCUGGAAGGAAAAGGAGAGUUAAAAACUCUCCUUUGGAUGUUUCUACUGAUCCCGAGCCAGAGCAAAGACAGAACAUUAAAAGGAGGAGGCAACAAAAAGGUGCUGCUGUGAAUUUAUCUAUAUCUAAAGAUGCCAACAACCCCAGUGUGAUUUCAACCAAGAUCAAUGCACCAGAAGAUCAGCAUUUAACUGAAGGUGCUGAAGAUGCUGAUGUAGUAAUUGCAGAAAGAAUCAUCAAAAUUUUUUAUCAAUGAAAUCUGAUAGUGUAGCAUGUUCCUCCAUUAAAAUUUAGUAUUUUUUUUCUUCUUC